CCCUGAGCACGCCGGAGUUUUUCAAAGCCGGAGCAAGAGUAAGUGCUCCUUUAACAGUGAACAGUGCUGAUGUCUUGAGCAACGACAUAAUUUGGAUCUAGGAUAGAGUUCUUGGUUUCCAGGAUGGAAGAAAACACUUCCAGUAGUGGAACAGAUUCCCUAACCAGUGGAGAGAUUCCACGGAGCAGGUCAGAGGGUACUUUGAUUGAUGUGGAUGACCGAACACCUUCAGCCAGCUACAAUGUCAAGGAAAGUAAACUGGAUAUGGAUAUUGACUGGUCUGAUGUAUUCAAACAUGCCCUUCCUGUUUCCAAGACUAACCCUUUCUGGAAUGAACUGUCAGCCUCCAACCCUUUCGUACAUGACAUAGCUGCUUCAAAUAGAAAUGAAAAUAAUAGGUACCUUUCAAUCUUAAAAGAAAAACCCCAUUUGUUCUCUAAAGUUUCUAGCAACAGGGAUUCUUUGGCUUCCUCAGGUGAUGAGCUAGAUAUUGAUUGUCUUCUAAGAAAGACUUCAGCAAGAAGAUCUGGACGAUCCAAGAGUGUCUCUGACUUCCUGGACAUUGUUGAUAACUGGAGAUUACAUCCUCGCAAGGCAACACCUCAAAAAACUAUAGCUUCAGACAUGACAUGGCUUCAGAAUGACCGUGAAGCCUACAAGAUGGCUUGGUUAAGUCACCGGCAACUUACCCGAUCUUGUCUAGAUUUAGAAGCUAUGAGCCAUAGUCCUGGAUGGGCACAAACACAAGCUACAGACAUUCAUGUAGUUUGCAAACUGAAUCAUGAAGGGGGUUCACUACAGCUACCUGACUCAGAUAUCAACAUUCAUGUCCCUGUAGGUCAUGUAUUACCAGGGGAAUUCCAAGAAGUUGGUUUAAAGGCUAUCCUUAACCCUCCACCUUCGUUUAACAAUGAUCUGUCUAGCACCAUAAGUCCUCUGAUAGAACUUACACUGAGCAACCUCAACACGAGGGAAGCCAUUUUCCUAGAGGUGAAAGUUGCAGCUAAAGUGAAGAAUGAUCCACUCAGCCAAGUUAUGAGUGACAUUGUGUGUUUCUAUAGUUUCAAUAAAGAAGGGCCUUUUAAGAAGCUAGAAAAUUGCUACACUUAUCAAGAUACCAUACAAGUAAAGCUAAUGGACCUAAGUCACGUGAUGUAUGCAGUGAUUGCUGUACAAGCAAACAGAAUCCAGCCUCCAGCAACUAAUGUCUGGGAUUAUGUUCACAGAAUGGUCUCAGUUGGAAUUUAUGGUCCCAAGUAUAUUCAUCCAUCUUUUACAGCAGUUUUUACAGUCUUUGGUCAUAACUACAUUCCAGGAAAGCUCACAAUUUGUGACAUUAAAAAGGGGGGGAAAAAUAUGCCUCCUGUUGUGUUUCAGCUGUGGGGAAAACAUACAUUUCUGCUUGAAAAGCCACAAGAUCUAAACAUUUCUUUGAUAUCCUGUGAUCCAGAUUUUGAAGUGAAGAUGGAAGACCAAAGCAAAAAUAUUAAAGAGGAGGAGCUGAAAGCCGGUGAAAUGGUCCGCCAACAAUUCCUGUUUUCCAUGCUUGGAUGCAGGGAUAUGCAUUUCUUUGUUUUCCUCGUUCAGAUUAAAGUCUUAAAAAGUAGCCAAGUAACGCAGUUCCAUGUUACAACUCCUGAUCCAGCUCCAAAAUUAAGUGGCAUUAUCAACAGGCCAAAGUGCUUACAAAACCGCAAAGAAAUCAAGUCUGCGCCCUUGCUUUUAAUACCAACAGUUAAAUAUCCAAAAUUUCGAGAUAAAACUUUGAGUGUUAAUACUUAUGGAGUGGCUUUGAAAACUGUAUUACGUCAAAAUAAGAUUGACUAUUUGCUAGAAUAUUUUAAAGGGGACACAAUAGCACUUCUUGGUGAAGAUAAAGUAAAAGCCAUUGGACAAACUAAAAUAAAAGAGUGGUACGUAGGAGUUCUCAGAAAAAAGAUUGGUCUUGUACAUUGCAAAAACAUAAAAGUGAUUUCCAAAGAACAAGCUAUGGACACUGCUGAUAGUGAGCUAACAACCAGGAAUCUUGUUGAACAAAUUGCAUUGCCAUUCAAAAAACUAACUUACAUCUACUCAGUAGUUCUGUCUACAGUAUCAGAGAGUGUUUAUGACUGGAGAGCUUUGGCUGAGGUGCUAGGAUAUUCACAUAUGUCUUUGGAUGACUUUAAUGUGGCACAUGCUGAUAAAGAAUCAGAGAGAGUUGCACAUGUUGUGAAGAGGAUGAAGGAAGACUGCCAUGCUAACAAAAAAAAAAGACUUUUUCUUUAUGAGCUCAUUGUUGCACUUUUGAAAAUAGAUUGCCAGGGUUUAGUGGCACGACUUACCCAGGACACCAUCAUUUUGACUUCAGCUGUCAAGCUUGGCAAAUACUGGCGAGAGCUUGCAGAGAAGCUAGCCCGACUUACAAAGCAACAAAUCGAGGCUUAUGAAGUACCUCACCAAGGGAAAAAUGGAGCAGUAGCUCUGGAGAUGAUGUGGAAACCUGCAUAUGACUUUCUCUACACCUGGGCUGCCCAUUAUGGAGACAGUUACAGGGAUGUCUUACAAGACCUGCAGUCAGCCUUGGAUAAAAUGAAAAACCCAGUAACAAAACAUUGGCGAGAGUUAACUGGAGUGUUGAUUCUUGUGAACUGCAUGGAGGUGUUAAGGGCAAGUGCUUUCUCCAAAACGGAGGAAGAAGAAUAGACUACCAAGAUACGUUUUUGGAAAAAUCUCUUGGGAAACUGUACUGCUGAUAUUUGUGUUUCAGUGAUGCUUGCAGAGCAGGACAGAAUGCAGUUUGUUUUACCUGCAUUGAUGUUGGGUCUAGCUCCAUGGUUCUCAGCUACAGAUUGCCAGAGCUUGCUCACGGCUACUGAGCAAAUAAAAAGAGUUGGGGAUUAAACUCGUGAGGUCAACAAAAAUUACUUGAGUUCUACAAGGUAGUUUCUAAAAGGAGCUAUUUCUGAUUGCACUGACUUCUAGGUGGAGAACAGACCUAUGCAUGGAUGAGUUCAGCCUGUGGAGCCUAGGUUUACAUUAUUUUCAGUGAGGUAUUAAAAUCUAAAUAUUUAAUACAUUAUUUUAAUUUGUGCCCAAAACACUCAACUCUGAAGUCAAUGGGUUCAGGCUAGCCUAGAAAAAAAAUUUUAGGAUUCUUUCAUCCUCAAAUGGGACAGAAUUAAUCUAAUUUUAUCACAAAACAGGAAUUAAACAGUUACUUGCACCCGGAAAAAUAGGUGUGUGCUGCUCAGCUAUUCCAAAAGAGCUUCUGGUAUCUUUUUUGAAGACUGGAAGAGAGUCAGGCAAUUUAAUGGUCAAAGGCAAUUGGUUUUGAUUGGUUCGUUGAUGCGACUCAACAGGGUUUGUGUGUGUGGUUUUUUUUUUGUUUUGUUUUGUUUUGUUUUUGUUUGUUUUUUGUUUGUUUGUUUGUUUGUUUUUUCUUUUUAGAUUCCAGCAAAUUUGUCUAGGUUCUGUUGAGUGGAAAUUUAGGAAAAUUUGGGAAGCCUUCUUGGUGUACACUGUCCAUCCUUCCAUUCCUACUCUGCUGUUAUUAAAUAAGUAAAUAGAGAAGAGUAGCUUUGUACGUACAAGGGCUGUAGACAGUUCAUACUUGCUUCUGUUGAUCAUUUUCUUCUUUCUUACUGUAUGAAGAAUAUGAGUGAUGGCUAUUAUUUUCUCAAGAAAAGUUAACAGUGGCGUGCUUUUUAGAUUCAUUUAUUUAUGAAGCAAUUAAAUAUUAUUAGUCAGAUGUUCUAAAAAUAACUCUGCUUAGAUGCUAUCAAUAAAAAUCUUUCAAUUACUGAGUAGCUCAUUAUAAAUAUAGAGAAUACAAGCUGAAUAAUAGCUACAGGCUAACUCAUUUUUUAAAGAGAUGAUGUUAAAUAUAUUCUAUAUAUAUAAAUAUAUAGUAUAUAUUAUACAUAGUUAAGUGGUAGAUUAAAAGGUUAACGCCAUUUUGAGCACCACUGAUCAACAUUCAUUCAGAAACAUCAGCAAAUACUCAUAACAAUCAGUUGAAGUGAAAAUUGGUGUUCUGCCACCACUUGCAGUUGACAAGACAAAGCCAAAUUCUUUCAGGAGUACCGCAAAGGAGUACCAUUUCUGUCCAGAACUUGUGUUUCCACUGUUGACUUUGCUGAUCUCUACUAAGAAGGGAGGUUUUGUGAUUCUAUACCUAAACAGUACAUUUAAACAUUUUUCUGUGCCUCCCCUUUCCUUUAACCUGCUUUGUUUUUUACUGUCAUUAAGCUUUCCCAGAGCAGGCAUAGCUCAGGAAGGAGGUUGAGGAAAGAGCGCCCACUCGCUCCAGGAAUAGGAAAGCUCACUCACCAAAAGGCCCUUUAGCAUCAGGGCAUGACUGAAUUAGCGUGUGUGCAAGUUAUCUGGCUUCAGUGGACUUGCUCCUGAUUUGCAACAGAAUGAGGAAUUCAGCCCACAGAACAGUAAUUGUUUCAGCAGAUCAAGGAAAGAUGGAGAAAAAGGAGUCUGAUUAUCAGAGCUCCCUGUUGUUUCAGGUGCCAGCACCUAUUUUGUGUCUUUCCCCAUACAGUUUUAAAAAGAGCUGCAGUGAAAAUAUAAAAUAACAUUCUCUUGUUAUCUGUACUUCAGCACAGAGACCAGCUGUUCCUUCCUUCUUUCAGGUAGUGAAACACCCAAAAAGGGAGAAAGUAUCUGUUGUCUUUCUCUUUUGUGCUGCUGGGUAAGGAAAAGGUACGUAAUAGUUCCUUUUAAAAUAUGCUUAUAUAAAGGCAAAAUAAAAGAUUCUAAUAUUAAAAUUAUAACCAUUAAAAUAGAUAUUAAAUUAAAAUAAAUUCAUUAAAAUAAUACUUACAAUGUACCACUGCAUACGCCCAAGGAAAUUUUUUUUGGUAGGUUUCUCACACUGCUGCUGCUUCUUUCACUUCAGACCCUGCUCAUAGCAGAGACUGUGAAACUUGAACAGCAUUUUGCGGUGGUACAACAGGUCACACACCAACUCCCUACUUAAAACUGCAGGGAAAUACUUUUUUUGCUCCCUAAUAGCUGAAAUACCAGAAGAGAUCACAGAGAAAAAUUUCAACUUCACCACGUUCUCUCACCAGCUAACCUUCAUGCAUCCCAGCAGGCCAUGAUCCCUUACUAACAGCCCUGUUAAGCCACAGGGGUUUUUUUAGACUUUUUUUUUUUUUUUCUUUUGUUAACCUGGCUGCAACAGCUAAGCAAUUCAGUUUAUUUCUGCUUUGGAAAACAGGUCUCUGCUUCCAUCGUUUCUUUGCACAUCUUAAUUUCUUACCUUUAGUAAGUGUGUGUUUAUUACAUGUCCUACUGAAAAAGAAAAUAAUUUCUUAGUUCAGUCCUGUAUUUUCCUGUUAUUACCACUAGUCAAAAGAGGGGGAAAGGCUACCAGAAGCACUCAUUCCUAAUUGUAUGAUUCUGCCAGAUAUGAAAGACAAGCUGCCCAAAGUCUUCAAGGCCGAAGGACAAUCUGUCCUGAGCAGACGGUCAGUGGUCAGGAACUUGGGAAGAGAAGUGCUCAGGAAGCAGAGGCAGCUGCCUGCUAUUCUCGUGGCCAGGCCCUUUCAUUGCUGUGAAACAACAGAAAAGUUGUUUCUGUCUUGAAUGAGAGUUGAAUUUGGCCCAACAGAUUUAGCAAAUAUUGACUUAGUGAGUCAGUGUUCUCCUCAGUUUGCACAAUUAUGCAACUGGUCCUCUAAGUAUAUUUCUUUAAAAGGGAGUUUAUAUUUGUCUGUAGUUGUGCUGCACUCCAGGGUCUUCGACUGUGUUCUUCGGUUGCUAAUUGCCCUCCCCAUUUUUGCUUUAAGCUUCUGCUCAUAUGAAUGAAAUGUGCACUCAUGCAAUAUUUUGUUUACUUUAGCAGCCCACACCGGCUAUAUUAAAAAAGAAAGGUAUUAAAACCCCAUAUUUUAUUUAGUGCUCUAGUAUUCAAAACCACAAAAUGCCAGCUGAGAGUGGAAGCAGCUGCACUCAGAGGCAACACACAGCUAAGAGCACAUGGCUUUGGUAAACACUCUGUUCUUGACCUUUUCUCCUUUCCUCCCACCCUGUCAGGAGAGAACAGCUUUCCCAUGAGCCUGCACACAUACCUUCUUGGGUUUCUUUGAAGAGAGAUGAGAUUAACAACUCCUUGGGAGGAAACAAGGAAAAAUACUAGCCCGUGGUCCUUGCCUUAAAUGACCCUCUGUUUCCAGGUUUCCCAAUUUCAUUGUGUAGCUUGGGGAAAAGAGCUGUGUCAGCCAGUUCCUUUCCCCUUUGUAUGUGUAGGCAGAAAAAAAAAAAAAAACAAAACAAAACAAAACACCCUUUCAUCAUCCUUUUAACCUCUGGAUAGGUACAUUUCUUAAGCAAAUGAGCAAAUGAAGAACUUGUGAGUGCACCGAUUGCUUUAUGAUUCCACCUACCCACAAAAGCUGGAAGAAUGGUCCCCUGGGGUGUGGCUGCAGCUGAAUGGGGCAAACACCUUCCACAGGGGGUUGCAGCAAGGAAGAUCUAGCUGUCACUCAUGCUAGAAAUGCUGUUUUUUCAAUGAAGUUGAAAGCCAUUCCUGUUGUUACAGUGCAGUGGCAUCUCAGCUCCAUGCCAUUUACUGGCACAGUGCAGUGACAUGUUUCUGAAUUAAUCACAGUCAAGACAGGACGGAAAGGGCACAUUAUUCCCCCACAUAAGUUUCAGUGCUCCAGUUGGGUGUGGGGAAGGAUUCAGUUCCUUAAGUUUCACUUGAUAUUUUUGGAAAGCAGAGGUUUAUGGAAGGAAAAGGAAGCUUCUUUUAAAAUAUAAGGCUACUCCCCAAGCCAGUCUCUGCCAAGCAGUCUCUGCCAAAACCAAGCUGCAGGUUGAGGGGCAUUCUUUGUGGAAUCAUUCAGGAAAGAAAACGAGAGGAGGUGUCAGAAAAAUGGGGAGAAGUGAGCAAGUGUCUCUUAAGUCUUUUUUUUUUUUUUUAUGUGAAAAUGACUGAUUUUCACAAAUUCUUCCCGUAAACAUAAGCUGUAUGAAAAGCAAACACCAAGCAGCUCCAAAGGAGCAACUCUAUGUUGUUGUGCUGAGUUGACUCUAAAGACUUAUUCCUAAAGUACUUCUGGACUCAGUGACUCAGCUGACAAUGACCUACUAAAUAAUAAAGGUUAUUGUUUAGAACUAUGGAUGGAAAUACCAUAUUCCCAGCUAAACCCAGUGAUCGUGCUUUUUCAUCAGCUCAUAGCUUGUUCAGCUAUAGACAGCUGAACCAAAUAGGAAUAUAAAGCUUUGCUGGUUUGUUCUGUUUGUGUCAUAGCUAUGAAAAUUGCCUGUGAAAAGAUCAUAAAAUGGAGAGUAAAGGGGUUGGAUUUUGCCCCCCUGCCAUACCCCCUGGAAGAGAAUGUAGCAAAUGGUAUUCUGUACAUUAGUGUAAGACAUUGACAAGUCUAUUAAAUUCUCUGGAGAGGUCGUAGAACAAUAGUAGAUAUGUAAAGAAAAUAUUAGUCCAGUGUGGGUGAUAACCAUUGUUCUUCAUAGUUCUGCUGCCAAUAAAUGUCUACAGACAGUAUGAGAUACAGUUAUUCAAAUAACCUAUGAUUAUUCUUAGUACAGAAAGUGCCAUUUUAUAUUUGUUGCCACUGUGUAUAUAUAUAUUAUUUUUUUU